UAGUGAAUAGUUUCAGCGCGCGUGAGUGAGUAGGGAAUGGCGUCGACGGCGGUGGCCGACGUGAACGCCGGGAGGGUGGCGGUGACCGGGCCCCUGGACGCCACGAAUCCGGCGAUCGUCCGGAUGCGGCAGCUCGUCGACGGGCAGCAGUACGCAGAUGGGUGGAGCAGGUGCUGGGAGCAAGGCGUGACGCCGUGGGACCUCGGCGAGCCCACGCCGGCCGUCGUCAAGCUGGUGCGGUCCGGCACCCUCCCCGCCGGGAGCGUCCUCGUCCCGGGAUGCGGCGGGGGGUACGACGCGGUGGCCCUCUCCGGCGCCGGCCGCUUCGCCGUCGGCCUCGACGUCUGCAACGCCGCCAUCCAAAGGGCCAAACAGUGGUCGUCGUCGUCGCCCGACGUGGCCUUCGUCAACGCCGACUUCUUCACCUGGGCGCCGCCGGAGCCCUUCCAUCUCAUCUUCGACUACACAUUCUUCUGCGCUCUCGAUCCGUCGCUGAGGCCAGCGUGGGCGGCGAGGAUGCACGAGCUGCUGCGGCCAGACGGAGAGCUCAUCACACUCAUGUACCUGCCUCAAGACCAGGACUCCGGGCCGCCAUACAACACGACAGUGCUCGACUAUGAGGAGGUGCUGAAGCCCCUAGGUUUCAUUAUCGCCUCCAUCGAAGAUAAUGACGUGGCGGUCGAACCACGCAAGGGGCUGGAGAAGAUUGCAAGGUGGAAGAAGAUGCCAGAUGGAGCAGAAAAAACAGCAUCAGACUUGCUGCCCACUAACGCUCUCUGAGUUACCAUAAGAUACACAGCUGAGAGGCAUGACAUGCACAACUUAUCGAUGCAUGAACGGGAAUAUAUGUAUCCACGGUGCUAGUACUCUUUACAUGAUAACCUUGGUCACACGGCAUUCUUUAUUAAGACCAAUGUAUAAUUAUCAUGGUUAUGCCACAAAUAUCUACUGAAUGAAGUAUCCUUGCAUUGA